UGCACAAUCUGGCGCCGCAGUCGCCGACUGUACACGAUCGACUUACUGAUUGUUUAGUAGUUCUCUGUGAACGAGUUCCUUGCCUCAUUCGUGCCUUCGUGCUCACACCAUUCGCAUUUGGCAAUCGUCAGUUCUUCUCAGACCAGCAACUUCUUGGUCUCGUCCACUCCCUCUGCUGCUGCUGCAGUCAUCGUUGUGGUGGUCUUUGGGAGAAAGAUUUAGGAAAUUUUAGGAGGUGUGUGUGUGUGUGUGUGUGUGUGAGAAUCUGUGAGGUUGGGGGUUGGGGGGGGGGGGUUUGUUUACGGGAGGGCUUUUUGGGGGUUGGGGGCAUGGCGAGUGUUGCGAGCGGGUCGAUGUGUGGUAAAGCUGGUGGAAUUUCGCGUUCCACGUUCGACGGGAGUUUGGAGUUCCAGGAUGCUGAGCAGAGCAGAAGUGUACCCCAGUUGAACAAUUUUGCGGCACCCAGUUUGAAGGCGACGGCAUUGAGGACGACCAGUUGGAAGGUUUAUGGAACAUGCCAUGGUGUAAGAAAUCGGAGGUUUCAGAGAGGAGUAGUUAAGAUGUCCAUUGCAGAUUCUCCAGCAAAGAGGAAGUUGCAGGAGCAGGGGCUAGAGCAUGUAAGCGGAUUGGCGAUCUCGGAAACUGCAGCGUGGAAGCAACUGCACCAGCAUGUGGGAGAGAUCAAGAAGACGCACCUGCGAGAGCUCAUGAAGGACGAGCAGCGGUGCCAGAGCAUGAUAAAAGAGGUGGACGGCAUCGUGGUGGACUACAGCAGGCAGCGCGUUACCACAGGCACUAUGGAGAAAUUGCUUUCCCUUGCGAAUGAGGCGAAGCUGUCGGAGAAGAUCGACGCCAUGUGGAGUGGAAAACACAUCAACUCCACGGAGGAUCGAGCUGUCUUGCACUGUGCCCUGCGAGCCCCGCGCGAGGCCGAGAUAUUUUGUGACGGAAAGAACGUCGUCCCCGAGGUCUGGUCCACCUUGGACAAAAUCAAAGAGUUUUCUGAACGGGUGCGGAGCGGGGAAUGGGUUGGCGCCACAGGGAAGGCGCUUACGAACGUAGUGGCGAUCGGAAUCGGGGGGAGUUUCCUUGGCCCGCUGUUCGUGCACAAUGCAUUGGAGACGGAACCUUCAGCUGAAAAGCUAGCCGAGGGCCGAUCGUUGCGGUUUUUUUCAAACGUGGAUCCCGUGGACUCCGGCAUUGCUCUAAAAGGCCUCGACCCAGAGACGACUCUCGUGGUGGUGGUGUCGAAAACGUUCACUACGGCCGAGACCAUGCUGAAUGCGCGCACUUGCAGAGCAUGGAUCACUUCGAAUCUCGGAGUCGAUGCGGUGUCGAAGCACAUGAUUGCGGUGAGCACUAACUUGGAGCUGGUGAAGGAGUUCGGCAUCGAUCCCGAGAAUGCGUUCCCCUUCUGGGACUGGGUGGGUGGGCGAUACAGCGUCACGAGCGCCGUCGGCGUCCUCCCCCUCGCGUUGCAAUACGGAUUCGACAAAGUGGAGGAGUUUUUGAAAGGUACCUGGAGCAUGGACCAGCAUUUCCGCAACGCGCCGUUGGAGAGCAAUCUUCCAGUUCUCCUCGGGCUCCUCAGUGUGUGGAAUGUAACAUUUCUUGGCUACCCUGCUCGCGCGAUUCUCCCCUACUCGCAAGCGCUUCAGAAGCUGGCACCCCAUAUUCAGCAAGUGAGCAUGGAGAGCAACGGCAAGGGCGUAGCGAUCGACGGCACCCCGCUUCCUUACGAAGCCGGCGAGAUCGAGUUCGGGGAGCCGGGCACCAACGGCCAGCACAGCUUCUACCAGCUGAUCCACCAGGGGCGUGUCGUCCCGUGCGAUUUCAUCGGCGCGGUGAGAAGCCAGCACUCGGUCUUCAUGCCAGGGGAGAAGGUCUCCAACCACGACGAGCUCAUGUCCAACUUCUUCGCCCAAGCGGACGCGCUAGCCGACGGCAAAACACCCGAAGAUCUCAAAGCCGAAGGCGUGGCCGCGCCUUUGAUCCCCCACAAGGUCUUCACCGGCAACCGCCCCUCGUUGAGCAUCCUCCUCCCCACCCUCGACGCCUUCACCAUCGGCCAGCUCCUCUCACUCUACGAGCACCGCAUUGCUGUGCAAGGAUUCAUCUGGAACGUGAACUCCUUCGAUCAGUGGGGCGUCGAACUCGGCAAGAGCCUGGCUUCGCGAGUGAGGACCCAGCUCAACGCGUCCCGCACUCGCGACGCUCCCUUGCAGGGGUUUAAUUACAGCACCACGUACCUGCUCACCCAUUACUUGAAGGGGAAAACGCCAGUGCACGAUUAGAUUGUCACGCUCCACCCAGCUUGCUUGAUUCUCACCUUGUACCCCACCCAGUUGCAUUUUUAUGAAGAAGCUACUAGCUUGAUUGGUUUUCACCUCGAACUCUGCAUAUUCUCGUGCAGCAGCUCCCAGCUUGAUUGAUUCUCACGCAGUUAAGCUGUGUAAUCCAUGCAACCCAACGCAGUCUGCGUUGCUUACAUCGGCGCUGGGCCGUGUACACGAGGCAAGGCCAAUUUUUCGCUGCAGAGACCUAAUGUUUUCAUGGUGAGGACUAUUUUGCUUAAGGUGUGCUGAAGAUGUUCACAUUCUUAUAAUCUUUCUCAUCUUAUGCCCAUUUGCUUGCGUUGGAGCCUUGACCACCCAAGGAUUGUAAAAGAUUUUUUGUUACAAUUUUUAUGAUCGUGAGGAUUCUAAAUGA